AUAUUAAGCGGGGUCAAUAUUGAGGUGUACUCUACCAAGUCUACCUUUGCCCAACGGAGCUCCCGGGACGAGCGAGCGAGGAGAACAAGCAACUCCUAGUGGUCUGCGAAUAAAGUAUCACGAGUUUUUCCUACAGGUGUGGGAGGAGGGUGCACACUGCUUAUCUCUUGCGGUCAACCAUUCGGCCAUCAGCUGGUAAGCUUGCGGCCGGUUCAUCCUACACAGUAACCCCUUAUCAGGUGGCAUACAGUACCCCGCCAUCCAGUCUAUCCCCUUAACUUCCGCCAUUUUCCACCAUCAUCCAGUGUUUUUGUCACCGCUGUAGCAAGAACCGUUAACCCCUCUCCCCCCCUCUCCUCUCCGGCCUCAGCUCCCUUUGCUCCGUCAAGCCACCCCGUCACCGACCCCCCACUUAUGCCCCUUACUCUCACUCACUCUUUGGCUUCUUGAUCACUCGAACUUCUUAGAAACGGCCUCAACCUUCGCUCUGUCUAUUGACUGACCUGUCCGACCACCGGUAACUGGCCUACUUACCGUGCUAGAGUACAGCACUUACCCUCCCUCUCUCUAUCUCGCUUGUCCACCUCACAUGAUUGCGGUCCCCAUUCCGCUUUGAUUGAAUCUGCGCACGUUUUUUUCUCUUGGUCGGCCUAGCCCUAUUUAACACUCUGCAGCUAGCCCCCCCUUUUAAACUCGCUAGACGGGCAAGACAGAAAGGAAGAGGAGGGGAGCAAGGUAGGUGUCUGCCUGCGUGAACGCUCAGCCCAGCAUUCGGAGGAAGAUUAAAGGACUGCAUGCGUGAGCAUCUGUAAGUGAGCUUGAGUGUGUGGGUCCUAGAGGGCUAGAAGCUCAAGCUCGAGGUGUGUUGGGCAAGAGACCGGGAGAGGAGCGGUGGUGGCAAGCGCUUUCCUUUCUCUUUACGCCGUUUCCUGGACUAUUCAGGAAAGGGCCGAAGUUUGAACUUGUAUCCUAGCUCCUGGUUACUUAUGUAACCUUUGGUUUUUAGGGAUACACGGCUCACUCUUGAGGAAAAAAAGAAGAAAAAGAAAAAAAGCGGACUAUCCUGGCAUCAUACGGAGAAAAAACAGGUUCCUCGAGAGUUGCUCCUCUAUCGUUGCCUACCCCAUUCGAGCAAGUCCUUUUCAGAGGGAACGCUUGCCAAAGAAGGGAAGCAGGAGAGAGGGAGAGGGAGAUAAUUUAUUAGAAGACACAACGAAAUACUCGUACGGUACCGAUUUUCAACAUUGCGGCUGCUUCAACCGCAGAAUUAGGGACUUUGCCAUUGUCGCUGAUCGUCCCCUCCGUAAACUUGGAAAUUACCGGUAUUGUUCAUCUGGGCGGAGGCGACAAUACGGCUUUACCCGCGCUUAUUAGAAACCGAGCGGAGGGGACUGAGGGACAACGUGAAGGCAAAAACACAAACUCGGCCAAAAUCAUCCGGCCUUUCUCAACCCCACUACACGAUCUUAUGGCUCCUCCUCCUCUGCAGGAUGGGAUGUCGGGGCCAGAUAAUAGUAACGGUGCCCGGGCUUCGAUGACAAACAAUAAAAACCCCGAAGGAAACGGUGGGGAGACACCGGAUGAGCUACCUAUCGAUCCUGAGCAUGAGUCUUCCUCCCUUCCUCCCUCCGCAUUCCCAUAUCAUCACUCUACGAACAGAGAUGUUCAAACAUGUGCGGCGCAUCCUCACCUCUCGAACCCACCGCCGCCAUCAGGCGCGUCGUUAGCGUUCACAGCGCUGCGGUUUCUCCCUACCCCACUACUCAUCCUAUCCCAGAAUAAAACGGUGGUUUUGGCGAACGAGGCUAUGGGGAGAUUACUGGGGGCGGGGUCAACCGGUCAGUCCACAGAUGGGGUCGGCGGAACAUUACCGGAGCCUUCGAUAACCGACAUACUCUACGGGAAGGGCUUAGGGGAUCUCUGUUUCGCUGUUCUCCAGCGGAAGUGGCCCUUAUGGGUGAGCUGGGAGCAACUCUUGAACGCUUUGGCGAGUGACAUCGAGAAGGGCGAGGGGUUCCAAAAUGCGAACUCCCUUCUCAAUAUUUCGACAGAAGCACCCCCCUUGUCCGGAGGUCCGUCGGUUCCACAGACUCUGAUACGAGAUGCAACUAUAGAUGUCCUGUUCCCAACGUUGGAUGGUUCUUCGGACGGCAGGUCACGCCAGGUAGAGGCGAAGAUGGUAGUCUCGAUAUGGGCGUUGGACGGGGAGAGAUAUUUCACACUCAUGUUCAAUUCCAUGACCUCAUCAUCCGGUACUUUUAACGCGGGCAGUCCCAAUUCGGAAAUGGCCUUCUACACAACGAAGGGCACAACCACUGAUGGGUCAUGCCAGACCACUCAAUUCGGUGCAUCAAUGCCGGGAUUACUGCCUCCUGCGGCCCCCUCAUCAUCUGACAUUUCACCCGUACCCUCUGUGCUGCAGAAGAUCACGCGAAUAAAGGAUGCUGCCUUGGACGCGAUGGAAAUCCCUGUUUUUGCCGUGUGGCAUGAUGGCUCGAUCGCGAUGGCGAACCGUGCGGCACAGAACCUGCGGCCCACCGACAGGAAUGUGGGGAAUGCCGAAUCGGGAGGUUUCGCGAGCCGGUACAAUAUCUGGACAGAGGAUUUCUCGCGACGUCUCACCGAGGACGAGAUUCCCAUUAUUCGGCUCUUAAAGAGCAAGAAGCCUCUUGUGCCCCAGAGGAUUGGAACGUUCUCACCCACCGGGAAUAGGGUUGUAUUCGACACUAGCGGGGAAGGUAUAUAUGAUGAUGAAACAGGAGAGUUCAUUGCCGGCUUAGUCUGGUUAAGGGAUAUAACCGGGUAUGGAGGAAAAUUGGUGACCCACCAGGAAACGGACGAGUUACGGUUUAUGAAUAUGUGUGACAGUAUGCCACAGCUGGUAUGUUUGUGAGAAAUCCGAAAGGUCAUGGUAUCUUGUCGACCGGGAUUGGUUAACAGCAGGUUGCAAAUUUACAGAUAUGGACUACUAGGCCGGAUGGAUAUCACGAUUACUAUUCGAAGCGCUGGUAUGAUUAUACAGGACUCACCAAGGAAGAAUCUCUGGGCAGAGUAGACAAAUCUAUCGGCUGUCAUCAGGUGCGAUAUUUUUCUUUUAGGUGCUAAGUUUGCGCUCCUUAAAGCAGGGUUGGGUGCCGCCAUUUCCUGCGGUAAACCUCCCUGGCUUCACUGGACCCAUAUUGUGCUGCCGUCUUUGGUUCCGUCCCCAAUUUUUUAAUUGGUGUUUGAUGUUGCUGUUUGUUCAUCACUGGCUACAGUCUUCCGUUCUGAUGGGCGGUCCCCUCUUCCAUGGCAGAUUGAUUAACUGCUUUGGUUGUUGAUAGGGAGACGUGCAGCUUGUAAACAAGAAAUGGCAACACAGUUUAGCGACAGGACGUGAUUACACCGUAGAAUACCGGUGUCGGCGUUGGGAUGGUGUCUGGCGCUGGAUGCUCGGCAGCGCAUUACCACUACAUGAUCCGAAGACCAACGAAAUCAUCAAAUGGUAUGGCACCUGCACUAAUAUUCACGAUCUUGUCGAAGUCCGCGAGACUGCCCGCCGCACUUCUCCUCAACUUCGCGAGGUUCUUCAGCAUUCUCAGAUAACGCUUUGGGCGAUUGACCGGAGCAAUCGCAUCACGCUAUUAGAGGGUGGAGAGAUAUGGGAGACGGCGAACGCCCCGAAGGCAGCUAUAGGGAGUAACAUUUACGACCUAUUCAAAGAUUGUACGGAGUUUCUUUCCCCGAUAGGGGAUGUCCUUCAAGGGAAAGAGGAGGAGCUGUUCUCUGAGGCCGCGUUAUAUGGUAGGUGGCUAAAGACAAAGUACGUCCCGAUACUCGGGAAGAAAGGCACCGCUGGGCAAUACGACAAGGAUUACAUUAGUGGGAUCAUAGGCGUUAGUGUGGAUGUUACGGAGAUACAUAACAAAAGCAUAGAAUUGGAGGCCCGCGAACGGGAGAAUCAGGUAUUAGUUGCUAAUGAGAGUGCGGCGAAGGAGGCGAGUAAGUUGAAGAGUGAAUUUUUGGCGUCCAUGUCCCAUGAAAUCCGAACGUGUGUUUUCCCCUCCAAUAUCCAACUUCGUUGGUAAUAUGGACUACGCUAAACCCAACGCAGGCCAAUCACCGGAGUAGUGGGAAUGGCUGAAAUCCUUCUGGAUACUCCACUUGAAGGAGAACAGCGAGAAUUCGCGGAAAAUAUCCAACGCUCCGCAAAUGCCCUCUUAACCGUCAUAAAUGACAUCCUUGAUAUUUCCAAGGUCGAAUCGGGUCGUCUAGACAUCGAGGAAGUCCAAUUUAGUCUUCCGCUAGUCAUCCAGGAUGUCACAAAAAUGCUUUCUCUGGAUGCCGAGCGCAAGAAACUGCAGUUCGAUCACAUCGUGGACUUUGCCGAAUUUGGCGAGAACAUGGCGGUGAUCGGGGAUCCUGGGCGGGUGAGGCAGAUUUUAACUAAUUUACUCACAAACAGUAUCAAGUUCACUCAUGAAGGAUUCGUCAAGCUGGUUGUUAGCGUUGAGAAGGAAGAUGAGGACGUAAUUGUCGUCAAGUUUGUUGUUAAAGACUCUGGCAUUGGCAUUGACGAGGAUGUUCAGCAGAAAUUAUUCCAGCCGUUCACGCAGGCUGAUUCGUCGACUGCGAGACGGUUUGGAGGCACUGGGUUAGGGCUGACUAUUAGUAAAAAUGUGCGCUCUUUUUUUUGGCUCCGAAUCUUUCUGUGAUUCAAAGGUCUAACAUCUUUGUAGCUUGUUGACCUUAUGGGCGGCUCUAUUGGCCUUAAAUCCAGUCUUGGCGCUGGAACAACGGCCCACUUUGUCAUACCGUUUCACAGACCUCAGUAUCAAAAUGGUUUGGUGUAUCCGCCUAAUGUCAGCACGUUGCCGGAUAGACUGCAGUCAGACUUAUCUGUGUCCUGUCAAUCUUCAGAUUACGGCGUCUCGACUCCUCCCGAAAGCCCUAUUGACCCAGCAAUGAAGCAGAGGGCAAGAUCUGCCAGCAAUACAAAAAGGAUUACUCCGCCGCUGGGGCCACCCCCUGAGAGUCCGGAAGAGAGGAAGAGAACCCAUGUGCUUGUUGUUGAAGAUAGUACGUAUCUGCCCUCUUCUCAAUCUCUAUACCUUGAUCUAGAGUUGGGACUCACUGUGAUACUUCUAAAAAGACGACAUAAACCAACAAAUAGCUAUCCGCUUAAUCAAAAAACUAAAUUUCACCGUCUCGGCGGUCUCGAACGGCCUUGAAGCCCUCGAAUUCCUCAAAGAAGCCGCACCAAACGGCACCACCACCUCCCUAUCCCCCGCAACCUCCACCCACCUACGCCCCAGACGCCCUGAUAUAAUCCUAAUGGACGUCCAAAUGCCGGAACUCGACGGCUAUAGCGCCACCAAAAUCAUCCGCUCGGGUAAGCUCUACUCAUAUCCCUGCACCCCGAACCACCACGUGAACGUGGAACAGGAUCUCCUGCAGCUCUCACAGACCCUGCCGAACCCGGACUCCCCCAUCACGACAUGGCUCCAGGACGUGCCGAUCGUGGCGAUGACUGCAUCCGCUAUUCGUGGGGAUCGGGAGAAGUGCCAGGAAGCGGGUAUGGACGAUUACCUUGCAAAACCGGUCCGUAGCGCGACACUGGAGAAGAUGUUGUUGAAGUGGUGCCAGGUCAAGAAAAGGCCUCCCUCUCCUCCGCCUCAGAUUGCGCUAUCGCCACCAGCAAUAGUAGCAGCACGACCGGAAGACUCUGUCCUAGUUGCUGUGACAGGAAAAGGCAUUGUCGAAAGCCCUGAUAUCCAAGAUAUUGCCACUGUGGAACGCUCGUCGCGUGAAACGCCCCGCGCAAGCACCACUCCAAAUCCUUUUGAUAAGGUAUGUGGGAAUGUCAGUGAUGGUAGCGGUAGGGGUGUCGGAAAUUACACUCCGGGUAUUGGACAACGAAGGUCUUGACAACAAAUCACCUGAUGCGCUGGUGGGCUUUUGUUCUUGCCAAUUGUGGUUUAAUUUCGCAUGGCAUUUUUGCUCAUUACGAACUACUUUGGGCAUUUCUGGCGGGCUAAUUAAUGCUCUUGAUUUUUGAUUUUCUUUCGGAAUUGAAAUGGAAGUUGUUUGGAUAUCAAACGUCCCGUAAUACAUGUGGUAUACAAUACGAUACGAUAUGGUAUGGUAUACCUGACUGGCUCAGCCACUGACCAGUGAUUUUGUUGUUGAUUGGGUGUGGGCGCAAAAUCUUUAUCAUUUUUUCCCUUUCACUUUCCGGUUUUUGGCCCUCUUCGCAUUUUACCCAUCUCCGCUAUUAUGUUUCUUCUCCCUUCUACCCCUCUGGAUCGGUUGUCUUCUUUCUACCCGCAUGUAUCAUAUUAUCGCGAAAAACAGCCGACGUUUAGAAUUUU